ACCACCAACGUUAAUGUCUCAGAAACAGAACUGCACUCUCGUACCCACAACAACAGCCAUGGAAGAACCCACAUUAUUGUUCCCAGACACAGACCUGGAUCUCAGUUUUACCAGCACCACCACCGACCGCACCAGCGCCCGAACAAGCCUCGCCCGAUCCAGCAGCCUCACACUCAGCUUCAACGAUCGUAUCUCCACUGCCGAGCCCUCCAUCUCAGUCGUAAACCGUCACCCCCACCGGAGCUCCGACCCCAACUGGUCCGCCAUCCAAGCCGCCACCAUGCUCUCCUCCGACGGCCGCCUCCACCUCCGCCAUCUUAAGCUGCUCCGCCACCUCGGCUCUGGCAACCUCGGCCGCGUCUUCCUCUGCCGCCUGCGCGACUACGACGGCGCCAACUUCGCCCUCAAAGUCGUCGACAAAGACCUCCUCACCCCCAAAAAACUCUCCCACGCGGAAACCGAGGCCGAAAUCCUCCACUCGCUCGACCAUCCCUUCCUCCCCACACUCUACGCGCGCAUCGACGUCUCGCACUACACGUGCCUCCUCAUCGACUACUGCCCCGCCGGCGAUCUCCACUCCCUCCUCCGCAAACAGCCACAGCACCGCCUCACCCUCUCGGUAGCGCGUUUCUUCGCCGCUGAGGUCCUCGUCGCCCUUGAGUACCUCCACGCUCUCGGAAUCGUCUACCGCGACCUUAAACCCGAGAACGUUCUCUUGCGCGAAGACGGCCAUGUCAUGCUCUCGGAUUUCGAUCUCUGCUUCAAAUCUGACGUGGCACCCAGCCUCACAUUUCAGACCCACAACAAACCCUCUCGAGUGGGCCCCACCGACGGUUGCUUCAGUUGUAACUGUCUUCCCUACAGACAACACCACCAGACUUUCCUUGCAGAGUUCAUUGCGGAACCCGUGGCGGCGUUUUCACGGUCUUGCGUCGGGACGCACGAGUACCUCGCGCCUGAGCUUGUCUCGGGUAACGGUCACGGUAACGGCGUUGACUGGUGGGCUUUUGGGGUUUUCCUCUACGAGUUGCUGUACGGGACAACGCCGUUUAAGGGCUGCAACAAAGAGAACACACUGCGCAACAUAGCGUCGUGUAAGGACGUGAGAUUCGUCCACGUGUCGGAAGGAGAAGAGCCUGGGAUGACUGAGGCUAGGGAUUUGAUUGAGAAGCUGUUGGUGAAGGAUCCAAGGAGGAGGCUAGGGUGCGCCAAGGGUGCCACUGAUGUUAAACGACACCCAUUUUUCGACGGCAUUAAGUGGCCCUUGAUUAGAACUUACCGGCCACCGGAAGUGAAGGGCUUGGUGAGAAGGAACAGGUCGCACGUGAGUGAUCACGUGAGUUACAGGAGGAAGAGGUGGUCGUGGAAGAGACUUUCCCAUGUCCUUCGGAAAUGUAAUUUGAUUUCAAACUAUAGUAAUAAUAAUAACAAUUGUUAUCACUAUGUUGAUAGUUAUAAGGUUAAUUAGUUUGGUGAGAUAGACAUUGGAAGAACAUAUGAAGGAUAGUGUGAUCACAUACUUUCCAAUUUUGGGCGUGCAGUAAGUGUAGUUUUUCCAGACACAGGUUUGCUGGUGUACAUCAAUUACAUACAAUAUAUAAAUAUUCAUUUCUUCCCUUC